AUGUCGCUAUUGGACCUGUUUUUGCAAUAAAAAAUUACAAGAAAUAAUAAAUGUUGUAGUCCGCCUUAUUCAGCGCGAUUUUUCGUAAAUUUAGUGUUUGUCGAAGAAUUUUGCCGCUUGAUCAAAUUAUGAGUUUUGGAAAUGCCACUGUAAGUGAAGCGUUUAACAUUCACCUUGUAUCAGAAUUUCCCUUUGGCCGCCAGUAACACAGUUGGUGCGGUUUUGCAGCCGAUAAGAAGAACUGAUUUGGUUUAAUUACGACACAUAUCUUCGGUCCAUUAGUUUAGAUUUUGAUACGAAAUGAGUAAACAUUUACAAACUGUUGCAGCGAUGGCCUGCAUGAAAAGCCUCUUGAUGAUCUUCAAUUUUGUGUUUUGGAUAUCUGGGAUUGCAAUUUUGGCUAUCGGGAUAUGGAUGGAGGUGGAGCUUUACAAGUACAUGGAGAUGAGUACCGAAUUCUCCGGCACGGCGCCCUACGUUUUGAUCGGGACCGGGUCCCUUAUAAUUUUGAUUGGUUCGUUGGCUUGCUGUUGCACCGUCAAGGGCCAGCCGGUGCUUCUAUACGUAUAUGGUGCCUUUUUGGCGAUAGUUUUCGUCCUGGAGCUGGGUGCCGGAAUUUCCAUUUUUGCCUACCGGAAUAAGUUGAACGAGGGCUUCGACAAAGGCCUCGCUCAGGCUAUGGCCAACUACCGGAACGAUAGCACACACAUUGUUGCCGAUUUUGAUUUCAUGCAGGAAACACUCCACUGUUGUGGGAACCACGGCCCCGAGGACUGGCUGAACCUGACUCCUCCGUACCCAAUACCCCUUUCGUGUUGCAUAAAUAAAGCAAAGUGCGACCCCGGAGUUAAGGAUCAAAUCUUUAGCGAAGGAUGUUACGACAAAGUGUUCAAUUUCAUGAAUGCGAACAUCGGAAUCGUGGCUGGGGCUUCAGUGGGAAUAGCCUUUUUUCCGCUGAUUGGAGUCGUUCUGUCCUGCUGUCUUGCGAGCGUGAUAAACAAGGCCAAGUACGAGCAAAUGGCUUAAGGAACUCAUCUGCUCGUCUUCAAUGGUUUCUCUCUACGAUUUCUUCAAUAUAUUGAAUUUUAAGCUUCUCUGUGUGUAACUAAGAAUUAAUUACAGCACUACGUGGUUGUUAAACUUGUAUUGUUAUAAAGUGUCUAUUUUAUAUCUGUGUUGUCAUAUUGAAAAGUAUACUUAUUCGGGUGUUCUCUCUCUCUUAUAUCAAUAUGUCGAUCGAGAAUGAAGACUUUGAGAGGCAAAUUCUGUUCGUUCCAUCCACAUCGAUAAAUAGUCAAUUCGUUUUAGGGAAAUUAGAUCUGGGAAAAUCGAUACAACGCGAAUUUCUGCAGAUUAUAUCGUCUUUGGGGCCUAACUGAAAUUGCCAAGCGUCUGUUCAAAAAUUAACAGAUGGAACUAAUAUUAUUUGUUCGAAUUAUUAAACAUUUAUGAUAUAAAUUAUAUACCUAUUUAAUAUAUAAAUUUAUGAGUAUUAAUGUAUUUUUGACAUACUUAUAUUGAAAAUAAAAAGUGUGUAAAGGA